CUCCACACUGUACUACUGUCUCACUCACGCACUCGCCAGCUCGUGGCUUCUAUAAAACCCCCGCUUCUAUAAUAGUUAAACCCCACCCAACCCAUCACAAAUCCGCAAGCAAGAACCAGCUGAAAUCUCUCGUCCAAGAACAAGAACCAGUUGAAAGCUUUGGUUCUGAUAAUGGCGUCUUCCACUGCAUCUUUAGCAGCGACGCUGCUGGCGUGCGCAUUGAUGUUCCACACCUGUCUUGCGGCGAGGAGGCUCACUGCGCUCGUGCAGGAGCCUGCCAUCACCAUGAAGUACCACAAGGGCGCGCUCCUGUCGGGCCGCGUCGCCGUCAACUUCAUCUGGUACGGCAACUUCUCCGCGCCGCAGCGCGCGGUGAUCACCGACUUCGUCUCGUCGCUGUCGGCGGCCCCGGCGGCGCCGCAGACGCAGCCGGAGCCGUCCGUCGCAACUUGGUUCAAGACAGCGCGGAAGUACUACGCCAACUCCAAGGCGCGGUUCCCAGCCUUGCAGCUCGGCCCCCACGUCCUCGACCAGUCCUACUCCCUGGGCAAGCGGCUCAGCGAGAGGGACCUCCUCAAGCUCGCUGCCCGGGGCGCGCCGAGCCGCGCCAUCAACUUGGUGCUCACGGCCGACGAUGUGGCCGUGGACGGCUUCUGCGUGAGCAGGUGCGGCACGCACGGCGCGUCUCCGCGGUCCCGCGCAGGUCGGUUCGCGUACGUGUGGGUCGGCAACCCGGCGUCGCAGUGCCCCGGCCAGUGCGCGUGGCCGUUCCACCAGCCCGUGUACGGCCCGCAGGCGGCACCGCUCACCCCACCCAACGGCGACGUCGGGGUCGACGGCAUGGUGAUCUCCCUGGCGUCCAUGAUCGUCGGCACGGUGACCAACCCGUUCGGCAACGGCUUCUUCCAGGAGGGCUCCGCGGACGCGCCGCUGGAGGCCGCCACGGCGUGCGCCGGCGUGUACGGCAAGGGCGCGUACCCCGGCUACGCGGGGUCGCUGCUGGUGGACCAGGCCAGCGGGGCCAGUUAUAACGCGAACGGGGCCCACGGGAGGAAGUACCUGGUCCCCGCGCUCGUGGACCCGGACACGUCGUCGUGCGCCACCUUGUGGUAGAUUUCGUAGAGCGUAACUACACUGUGGAGAGUGUUCCGCGCGGCUAAAGUUUGUAGUCUGUAGUAGUUAGUGAUGGACUUGCUGGUGGAUUCUUUCAUUUGUUCAAUGAAAUUUUUUUUCCAACCAAAUCUUUUUCGUA